AUGUCGGUCCUAAGUCCUCGAGCGUACACAGCUCUUAUAGAAACCGGUGACGGUGCAGGCAUUUCCAUGCGAUUACAGCAUGAGAUCGAGCGAAGGUUGAAGCAGGACCCAAAAUCCGACUGGGCAAGCGCCGAACGCCAACUCGUCCGGCCUGCAUCUGCCAUUGAGGAUGAAGGGCGUCUUUCGUUCUACGAGUGGCAGGAACUGCAGGGCCUGCGGGAGCGGGAGAAGGACCACGCCGCAGAGAUCCAAAGGUUGCAGAAGCGCUUGGAGGAAGCAGAAGGCCCGCAGCAUUUGAAGGUUGAGAAUCUCAAGAAGGAGCUUGACCUCACGGACAAGCUUUUUGUUGAGCGCAACCAACACUGCCGAAAGGUGGAGCUCGAGAAAGCCAACGUGGCUGCAACACUGAAGAGCAAGGAGAAGGAGGUGAAGGACUUACGAGAGGAGUUGGGGGUCGCCACGGAGCAGGUGCAGGCAGCCCAGAGACGCCUGGCCGAGAAAGAGACUGAGAACAAGGCGCUGCAGCGAAAAUGCGAGCGGUUGGAGCGCAGUCUCAAGGAAACGGUGGUUCUGGAAAGUUGUGGCCAGCAGCAGUCCAAGAUCUAUCGCUCACAGUCUGGAGGCAUGCUGGCCGAGAAGAUGCACCAAAUCCGUCUUCACUGGUGA